CUUCCUGUUGAUAAAUGAGUUGAAGAUGCGAGCAGCACAAACCUGCGCUGGACAGUCGAGCUGAUUCACCUUGGGCUCAAUGUUCAGAUGCAUCUUGAGAUCUCCUGUGAAGCGUCUGGCCUCACUGCCGGUUUACACGCACAGGAUCACCCUGAAGAACAGCAUGUCCAGUUCCCGUCCCCCGCUGGCUGCAGUCUGUCAGGUGACAGCAACUCCGGACAAAGACGCCAACUUCUCUGUCUGUAAGCAGCUGGUGGAAGAAGCCCAGGGGCGAGGGGCCUGCAUGGUCUUCCUCCCUGAGGGGUUUGACUACAUCGGAUCCAGCAGAGAGGAGACGUUGUCUCUGUCAGAGAGCCUGGAAGGAGACACGAUCUCACGAUACACUCAGCUGGCCAGGAAGUUGGGGGUUUGGCUGUCUCUUGGAGGAUUUCAUGAACAAGGACAUAACUGGGAGACUGAACAACGAAUCUAUAACAGUCAUAUAAUAAUUAAUAAUAAAGGUGACGUUGUUACAGUGUACAGGAAGUCCCAUUUGUUCGACGUGGAGCUGCCAGAAAAAGGUGUAUCUCUCAGAGAGAGUGGCUUCACCCUCCCCGGGCCCUCCCUGGUGUCUCCAGUCCAAACUCCUAUCGGCAAGGUGGGCUUGGGCAUCUGUUAUGACCUCAGAUUUCCUGAGUUAUCGCUUGCUCUGCUAAGGGACGGUGCGGAGAUCCUCACUUACCCAUCAGCCUUCACUGUAGCAACAGGAGCCGCUCACUGGGAGAUUUUACUCCGCGCACGUGCAAUCGAAACCCAGUGUUUCGUCGUGGCAGCUGCUCAGGUUGGCCAGCACCACGAGAAGCGCUCGUCGUACGGCCACGCCCUGGCUGUGGACCCAUGGGGCAACGUCCUGGGUGACUGUGGAGGGGAGAAGCCGGGCUUGAUACUGGUGGAAGUUGACCUAGAGAAGGUCAGAAGAACCAGGAGGAACAUGCCAGUUCAACAGCACCGCAGAGACACUGCUUUCUACUACAGUCUGGAUCAAACCUGAGUAGGACAGAAGUUUUAAGUUAUAAAUGUGUAUACAACCAGACUUUUUCCUGAAUUCAUGGAUAGCAGCGCAUCCAAGAUGAAUGUUGGAUUGAAUUUAGGAGGAAAGAAUUGCACUCAAAAUUCUUUUUCAUAUAGUUUCAUGAUAUUAUGUUUAACUAAGUAUUCAACUGGAUGACAAAAAACUGUCAGGGACUUGAAGGAUAAGAAAUCAUAAACAUUAAGCUUUAAUGAAAGCGGGAUUGAUUUUUUUCAGCGAAGCAUGCUGUCAGAUUAUUUCUAAAUGAUUAUGAUGAAGUAGUAGUUCUGCUCAUGACGAUAUACAUGGAAAGCUUUUGAUUACUGGAGAUGAUAACUGAUGCACAAAUCUGAGUUUUGUUGGUGUAAAUUAUAAGAUACACUUUCAUAAAUGUUGUAGAUUUAAUUUUUAAAGCCUACUCUAAUCCAGAAUAUCACCUCAAAUGUGCAAGUCACGCGUCUGCCUCUCUAAAUGACAUUACUCAUGUUGAUCAAUAGAUGGCAAUGUUAGCAAAUUCAAAGUUCAGGUGGUAAAAGUACUCAUGUAUUAUAUAGGCUUGAUACAAAGAUCUACAAGUAAUAUUUUCCAAAACCGAAUUACAUACCAACCCUCCUGUUGCUGAGAGAUUGUUAUUGUAAAGAUGUAAAACAUCACUUGGUUUGGCUUUUUUGUCCCCCUACAUAUUUCCUACAUCUUACCUGAUAUGAAAGUGGAUUGUGAAGAAAAUUAAAUACUUCUGGCAAUACAUUCAAUGCAGCAGCACAGAUUUACAUAUACUUUUGAAUUUUGAGAAAUAAUAAUACAAACUGUGAACUUUGGAAGAAUCAAGAGGUUACAAUGUAUGGCUAAUAUUUGAGUCGAAAUUCACACGCUAUUUC